AAUUACUUGGAUUUGAGUGUCUGUGCAUGUUUCCGAUCCUGUCCCAUCCAGGAGUUCCACCUGCUGUACGAGGAGGCUCGGUACUACCAGCUGUCCCCCAUGAUUAAGGAGCUGGAGCGUUGGAAGCAGGAGMGGGAGCAGCGCAGGAYGGCCCAGCCCUGUGACUGCCUGGUGGUGCGGGUGACGCCUGACCUAGGUGAGAGGAUCGCCCUUAGCGGGGAGAAGGUGCUCAUCGAGGAGAUCUUCCCCGAGACUGGAGACGUCAUGUGCAACUCGGUGAACGCCGGCUGGAACCAGGACCCCACGCACGUCAUCCGCUUCCCCCUCAAUGGUUACUGCAGGCUCAACUCUGUCCAGCCAUACAGAUCAACACAUAGAGGAGCCUCACCCAGCGCCCAGCAUGCCCCACACUACCCCCAACACGCCAGGCAGGCGUUCUGCUCUGACACCUCCACCGCCCUCCUGCCAAUGUGA